AUGUUAAAACUUCUUUCUCUCACCCUUCUCGCUGUUUUGUGCCACGUGGCAUUCACUCAUUUCACCACCAAAGCCGCUCACAAACUUUACAAACUGCUAUCUGAAGCCAACACUACUGACGACCUCCGCAAACUGAUUCGUGACCCUUUGAUUGCUGUAGAUUGCUUUGGAAACAUCACAACGCUAAAUGGAACCAAAUUUGAAAACGCGCUGAAUUCAUCAAUUGUUGGAAAACGUCCGGAACGUGAACUUAAACUUGAGGACUUCAAUUCGAUUGACAAUAAUGGGUUCGAAUUCACAGUUUCGAAAACAAUCGAAGAGGAGAGUGGGGACUCGACAUUCCAUAGGGCCAAAUAUUUUGCGGCGAUGGAAAAUGAUGAACUGAAAAUUUGGAAGGGAAUUAUGAAUUGUGAUAAUUCCACAGCUGAUUCAGAGGAUUUAUCAACAUAA